AGAAAUGGCAAACUGCAAAUUCCUCCAAAACCUGCCUUGGCGUUUGUCAGGAGCAUAACAGCCUUGUUGAUAACGUGGGCGAAUGAGAGGACUCUGCCAUAUAUGACAUCAGCACUCUAGAACAUUUAGUAUCAAACGUUCUGCUUGCAUUAAAUCUCCCAAAAGCAGCUUUCAGGUGGGCAGCAAAUAGUUCAAAGAAUGUUUGACCCUAAAAUUUUAGAUAUCCCAGCUGUGAUAUUUGACAACGGAUCUGGAUUAUGCAAGGCUGGUAUUGCAGGGGACAGUGCACCAAGGUCAGUUAUUACAGCAAUUGUUGGUCGCUCGAAAGCCAAAGCAACGAUGCUUGGAGCAGGACAGAAGGAAUUUUAUGUUGGAGAAGAAGCCCAGUCCAAAAGGGGUGUCUUAAGUUUGAAUUAUCCAAUCGACCACGGCAUAGUUACAUCUUGGGAUGACAUGGAGAGGAUCUGGAGACAUGUCUACGAGUGUGAGCUGAGACUCAAAGCUAGCGACAGGCCGGUGCUACUGACGGAGGCCCCACUCAAUCCCCUACAGAACCGGGAAAAAAUGACUGAGAUCAUGUUUGAAGGCUUUAAGGUGCCUGCCAUGUAUGUUGCAGUGCAGGCAACGCUGGCACUCUAUGCCUCAGCACGCACCACGGGGAUAGUAAUGGACAGUGGAGACGGAGUUACCCACACCGUACCCAUCUACGAAGGAUACUGUUUACCCCAUGCAGUUUCCAGGCUGGAUAUCGCAGGCAGGGAUAUCACUGAAUACUUCAUGAGACUCCUUUUGGAAAGUGGCCACUCCUUCGUGAGCACAGCGGAGAGGGAGAUCGUGAAAGACAUCAAGGAGAAGCUGUGCUACGUGGCUUUAGAUCCCGUCAAAGAAAUGAAAGCAAAGCCAGAAGAAAUCCUCAAAGAAUACAAACUGCCAGAUGGAAAUAUCAUUAAGAUAGGCAAUCAGCUCUUUCGAGCCCCGGAGACGCUUUUUAUGCCCGCUAAUAUUGGUAUCGAAGCCCCUGGGGUGCACAAAAUGAUCUUCAACAGUGUGAUGAAAUGUGACAUUGAUGUUCGCAGGGAUCUUUACGGCAACGUGCUUCUUUCCGGUGGGUCCACCUUAUUUCCUGGACUGGAUGAACGGAUCCUGAGGGAGAUGCAGCGGCAGGUGCCCAUCGGGAUGGUUGUACGGAUCAUAGCACCGCCCGAGAGGAAGUACUGUGUGUGGAUCGGGGCCUCCAUCCUCACUUGCUUGUCAUCUUUUAAAGAAAUGUGGGUCACCGUCAGUGAUUACAAAGAGUUUGGUGCCACUGUAGUACACAGAAAAUGCUUUUAAGGAGAGACUAUGCAACUGAACCAUGCUCUCAUUCGAAUAAACAGUGCUCAAGAAAUGCUCCCAAGAUGUGAACCAGAAGAUGCUACAGCGGUUUGUGUAUUUAUCGGAUGACCAAACAUUACAGAAAAUAAAACAUUAGAAACAGACCA